GAAGAAGAAGAAGAAGAAGAAGAAGGAAACAGCACUCUCCUUCUCUCUUUCUCUGAAUUUUCUGUUUUUCCUUUCUGCCAUAUUCUUUUAAAGAGAAAUAGAAGCAGCGGAGCGUCUUGAUUUUGCUGGAAACAUCUGGAUACAUUAUUCAAAGAGGAAUUGGAGUUGUUUUCAGAAGAAUUUGUUUGGACUGGGAUUUGAGUUUCCUUAGAAAUCUCAUUUUUCUGUCUGAUCCUGAAGCUUUGGAGGGGAGAUUGCAGGAAUUUUCAAGUCGGAGGAUCAGUUUCUGGGUUGGUGAAGAUCGGAUUGGGAAUUCAGACAGAGGAUUAAAGCUCUGAUUUACUUGAAACAGUUCCUAAUUCUGAGGACUAAAGACGAUCAGAACCAUUGUUGAUUCUCGGUUGUUGAUAUGAGUUUUCAAAAUGAAAUCCAAGUGUAUAAAUACAAAUUCAGAUUUUGAGGCCGAUUCGUGUGAUGUGUCAAAACUAAGGUCUCUCUGACAGAGAUUCCAAAGUGGUUGCCAAGAUUUCAUCCAGGAGCAACUUCUUUGAUUACAGAAUUUCAGCAUAAUUUUGAGGUGGAAGUAAAAAAAAAAAGGGCCAGAAAAGGUAGAGAUAAGGAUGGAGAGGAAUUCGAAUCCUAACCACCACUAUAAUAGUAGCAAUGAGACCAGGUCCCCUGCUACGACGUCGUCUGACUUCGGUUUACAGUGGGGGAGCCGUAAAAGGCUGCGUUGUAUGAAAUUCCAGGCCAAAGUCCGGGACAACGGCAAUAACCGCGACUCCUCCGGGUUGCAGCCGGGCGGUCUGAGAGCUGUGGUCGGGGUUGAUCGGCGGCUUGUAAGAUCGGACCAUAAUAAGGAUUUAUCUCAGCCCAGUGAUGCUAAUAACAACAAUGGGAAUUCCAAUAACGGCGGAAAUGUCUAUUUGAACCUCCGUCAGCGGCCGGCUUCUCCAUCUCACCGAAUUCUUAGGAAUUCCGAUAGUUCACUGGCUAUGAGGGGACAAAGCAACGGGGUGAGGGGUUUGGCUUCCCCGGACAGGGUAGGGGCUGGUGGCCAUGAUAGGAAAGGGGGCAACAACAGCCUUCAUCACCACAGCAAUGGUACCAAGAACAACAGCAACAACAAUAAUGAUAACAGCAACAACAAUAAUGAUAACAGCAAUAAUAUCAAUGGGUCGGCAUCAUCGGAUAGCAAGAAAGGAGGAGGGACUUCAUCCGGGAGUGAUGCGAUCCCUGCUGUUUGGCCGCCUAAGUUCGUGAUCGCCUUGACGAAUAAGGAGAAAGAAGAAGAUUUUAUGGCCAUCAAGGGUUCCAAACUCCCUCAAAGACCCAAGAAAAGAGCUAAGUUCAUCCAACGCACCCUCAAUUUGGUAAGUCCAGGGGCAUGGCUCUGUGAUCUUACACUAGAACGGUACGAGGUUAGGGAGAAAAAGGUGUCAAAAAAGAGACCACGAGGACUAAGGGCUAUGGGAAACAUGGAUUCCGAUUCCGAGUAGAACCCCCCCUUUGGAUUUGAUUGACUUGUAGGUUUCGUGCUAAAAGGUGAUCAUCUGCUGCUGAUAAUCAAUGGGUAAAGAAGGUUAAGCUUUUGUCAAGUGGAGUACGCCAGCGUACUUUUGGCAAGAUUAAUGUGCCCUGUAUUUGAUAAAGUACACUUGGAGAAGAAUCCAAAGCAAAUUCAGUUGGUCUUGAGUAUCUAUCACCUUUCUUUUCCAACUCGGGGAUUUUCUUUUUCUGAUGAGUCAUUAAUCAAGGUUUAAGAGGAAGGUUCGGUUUU